ACCGCUCCCAGCACCUGUACCGAAACACUACGAGUAGACACGCACCAGAAUACAUGCGGCUGUUGUUUUGACGUGUUUUUUCUCAAACUGCAGCCAAGUGAGCGCUGACUGCCUCCAUCACUGAGGAGCAGUGACACACACAGACAUGGAUCUCAUCAGUAAACCCAGGAGUAAGUCCAUCGUGUGGCUGUACUUCGGUUUGAAGGCGGAUGAGAAGGGGCAGCCGCUGAACUCCGGUGAGGCCGUGUGUCGCUUGUGCAGAAAAAUAGUGCUGGCGAAAGGUGGAAACACCACCAACCUCAGAAGUCACCUGAAGAGAAGACACCGUGCAGAUUUCUUCGACAGCUCUACCCCCACGACCCCUGGAGCUUUGUCCGAGUCUCCAGGUUUCGAUCUCAACCAUGAAGAAUACUUUGAGGAUGUUCCAUUUCUACAGAACGCUUCGAAUCAGAACUACGUCCCAGAUGCGGUGCUGCCACCCGGGGAGCCCUGGCUCCAUGGCGGCCCCUCUCGAGCAGUGCUGUCCCUGCCUUCCUGCCUGUGCCUGUGUGGGGAGGAUGGGUCUCUCAUGUCUGGUCCUGGAUCUUCUGGCGAGGAGCCGAUGGGAGAGGUGAAAGUGUACGCCAAGUGUCACCUCCAGCAAGGCGUCAUGUUUGGGCCCUACAUAGGAGAAAUGUGCAGGGGUCAAAUGCCGAACAGCCUCAAAUACUCCUGGGCUAUCAGAGAUGAUGCUUCCUUCAUCUACGUUGACGCUUCUGAUGAAAAUAAAUCCAAUUGGAUGAGGUAUGUAACAUAUACGAGCAAUGAGGAGGAGCACAAUCUAUUUGUCUUCCAGUUUUACCGCCACAUCUACUACAAGGUUUCCCAGCCCAUCACAGAGGGAGCACAGCUCAGAGUGUGGAUUGGGAAGGAUUACGCCACGCUGCUGGGCCUCGGGAUGGGCGACAAUGUAAAAUGUGAAAUCGGAGAAAAGGAAACAGCUCUGCGCCUCCUGCAAGACAUCCAGUUGGUCACCCUCCCGGAGCCCAGCAGCACUUCCCUUUGGUCAGAUCACAGCCAAUCACAGAGCCCCAUGCCUGUCAUCAGUGACGUGACGACAGUGUCAAAUCCAGACUCGGCUAUUGAUCCAGGGGGGUUGUCUGGCUCCGCCUUCCCCUCUACUUCCAUCAUGUCCUUCCCACUCCCCAGCUCCCAGCUGAUGGAAAAGUAUGAUUUUAUGCCUGGAACGGAGAAACUGCUGAGUAGCCCAAACGUCACGCAACACAGCCCGUGGUACUUUUUCGGGUUCGAGCCGGACCCAACCGGUCGGCCUCUGGACCGGAGCAUCGUGGUGUGUAAGCUGUGUUGGGAUCGUGUGAGCUGCGCCGGAGGAGCUGCGGACCUCCAAAACCACCUGACCAGCAAGCACCACAUCAGAACACGUGACUGCAACAAGGAGCGGGCUCUUCUGAUAACAGGACAACAACACCCUCACUCACUGAUAGGUAACAACGGCCUGGUCAACACAUUCCCCCAUGUUUUGUCUGCUCAAGUGACCCAUGCCAUAACCAACUUCAUCAUCAUGGAUCUCCAGUCCCCGGCUCUGGUGGAAGGGGAGGGCUUCAAACAGCUGAUCCUCACCCUCCUGCCCUCCUGCAAGGAUCUGCCGUCGCCUUGUCAGCUGGAGUACCUCCUGAGAGAACACCACAGCAAGGGCAAGGCGAGGCUGUCUCAGCUGCUGAUGAGGAAAACAGUAGGUGAAGAGAACGAGGAGAUAUCUGACUACACCGCUCCCAUCGAGUGUGAGCCCAGGAGACGUGGCCGACCUCCUGGCAAUCAGAGGGAAGUUCAUCACUUUGUCACUGUAAGUGUGGACAUUUGGUCGCACAACUGGCAGGGCAACCCCGAGAGGUACCUCACCGUCUGGGCACACUGCAUAGACGCCAGUUUUAUCUCUAAGAAUCUGGCCCUGGCAACCCAAAGACUGAAGGAGUGUGGGGUGAAAGACUACACCCUUCGAGCAGUGGAGACCCAAGUCAAAGUGAUGGCACAGGAGUGGGGGAUCUUUCAGCCUAAUCUGGUGCUGCUGGGAGGGGAAGGAAGGAAUAAAAUGAGGCUGGGGACAAUAAAGGGGAAGAAAGGUGGAGAGGCGGCAGUAAGCGUCCCUCACCCAAACUCAACAACAUUUCUUGAAAGGGAUGAAUCUGUGUCACCCGAGGAACCACAUGGCUCUGAGUGCAGCCAAUCCAGUGAGGGGCUUCCAUCUAUCCCAUGUUUCUUCAGCAUUGUGCAGGACUGCAUCGAGGAAUUAAUGUUACAUCAUGUCAUCUCCAAGACCCUCUGCCAGUUUCAGGGUAUUGUAUCAACACUGUUCCUGCCACCUGCUUUAAACAGAGGCUCAUAUCAGCAUCAUGUCCAGAGUCUGCUGCAGACGCUGACCAGACAGGAACAGGCCGAGCUGAAGUCGUGGGCUCAUUGUCCGCCAGCGUGGAAUAAGCUCUACCCUCUACUGAGCAUGCUCAUCAAACAUAAAAGCCUUGUCUGUGAUGUAAUAAAAGAGAUGAAAAUGCAGGGCUUGACCAAAGGAGACACAACAGAAACCAGUUCAUCUGGCAGCUGCCACGCAAACUCCACCUCCAACACGUCCUCAGCAAACGUCACAAUGCGUUCUGAUUGGAAGGUCCUGGAGGAUCUGUGUUUGGUGCUCAGACCUCUGGACGUGGCCUGUCGAACCCUCGCCAAGGAGACUUUCCCUCGUCUGUCCCUCAUCAAACCCAUUCUCAUUGGCCUGCUCUCCCGCCACCUCGUCUCCCGGCCAGGAGAUUCGUCAUCCAUCUUAAAGGAAGUGAAGAGGAUGAUGAGGCGAAAUUUGGCGAGCUGCUACGACAACCCUGUGGUCAACAGGGUUCUGUGCGUGGCAUGUUCCCUUGACCCACAGUUCCAUGGGCUGGGCUUCAUGGAGGAAAAGGAGCAGACGGCCACAUUUGAUUGGUUGAAGAAAGAGGCCGUCAGGAUUGCGAAGGAGGAAAGGAGGAGGAGCCAUUGUAAGAGCCAGAGCAAGAGAAGCUCCUCCCCCGGGUCUCCAGCGUCAGAUAGCGACUACCUGCGGAGGAGCAAACGCAUCAAAGACUCCCGCCCAAUCAACUUCAGAGAGGCCGACGAUGACGACGACGGGAGCGACGUUGUAGAGGCAGAUGAGAAUGAGACAGCGGACCCGGCCUCCCAGAGUGCGCUCUCUGGUAUGGAGUUCCUGCUGGGAGACCUGUUCUGCUCGACCCCCCAGAGCAAGCAGAGCUCUGCUGAGGAAUCUGUAGACAUGGAGAUGUCUGUGUUCAGGGCCGGUAAGGGGGCCUCGCUGGGAGUGGAGCCUCUGCAGUGGUGGAGGACGAAGGCCGUUCAGUUUCCACUGUUGGCAACAGUGGCACGGGCCUACCUGGCUGCCCCCGCUGUGGCAGGCAACGCCGCACUGGACUUUUUGCGGGAAGGAGUGGGAACCAUGUACAGAAAGAGAGCCAACAUUCCACCGGAAAGUUUGGACGCAAUCCUCUUCCUGCACCACAACCACAUGUCCACCUGUGAUGCUGACCAAACAGCAGUUAGGAAUGAUGACAAGAACAGUGGGAGUGAAAAGGUCCUAUGAACACAAACACACACUUAACUUAUCCAGAUUUAAACUGGAUCACUACUAUAAACCAAAGCCCCAAAUGAAAGCUAGGGUUGAUAAUCCUGGAAAAACUAGCAUGAGCAGGCUAUACUUAUGUAUAAAAAUACAACCGAUACAUCCCACCCCCUCCUUUCAACCGUCUCGUCAAAGCUACGGCCACAAAACAGAUGAACGUGCGCUGACUGACUAGAAGUUUACUUUUCUGUGACUCACUCGCUAACUUCUGGCUAUCGUCUCUCCGUCAGUGGUGUGUCCGCCCGGAUGAAGUCUUGCACAGUGAGAGUACGGGCAGGGAGGUAGAUUAGUGUCCAAAUGAAUCAGUCAAGUUUAUCACAUUCAUGCAAAGGCCAGAGUCACCAGUUCCGGCUCUGAUCAGCAAUGAUCAGGUGACGAAAUACCUGUGUGAACGCGCUAAUUUGCCAAAACAGCGAGGGGAGAGAGUGCCUCAGUUUUCAGUGUGUUCAUGAUGAACUGGGGGAAAAAAAGAGUAAGCCAAACUCCUCUGCUGGCGAUGACUAUGGACUCAAUUGCCUUUUUAGCGAUAACAAAAAACUGCGUAUACCCACAAAUCUUCAUGUAAGAGGUAUGAGAGAAAGAGAACUUAUGGAUGCAGAAAAUCUGUUUUUCCUCGAACAUCACUUUAUUUAGCGAGUAUAGAUUGGAUCACUGUACGACUGACUUACAGUGAAAUUUCUUCUGUGUAUUACAAACUCUGUAGUAUCUAGUGCCUUACCUUGUUUAAAUACAGUAGAUUGAAAGAUAUUCUUUUUUUUAAUUUUUUUUAUCCUUAAUGCCAAAUUCCAAGAAACAUAUGGUGUAUAACUGACAAUACAUGUGUAGACUGUAAAACUCUGUGGUUGUAUUGUGUAAAACUUCCACCUUGUGACUAAACUAUUGCAUUUGUUUUGUGUUUUCCAAAGACUGAAUAUUAGCUCACUUCUAUAUAGAAGGAAUUCAACAAUUGUUUCAGUAAAUGAAACAACCCUUGUGAAGGAUUUAGGAGGAUCUGUCGGCAGGAAUGGAAAAAAAUAUUAACAUUCAUAGUGAUGUUUUUAUUAGUGUAGAAUCACCUGAAACUAAGAAUCCAGUUUCCUUCACCUCAUAAUAAGCCCUUCAUAUCCAUAUCUGUUGCAGUUACCCACCAUACUGUUGUUGUUUCUGCAGUAGCCCAGAACGGACAAACCAAAUACUGGUUUUAGAGAGAGCCUUAUACAGUUUGAUGGUGCCGGAAGGCCACAGUAGGUUCUCCUACACACUCCUAAAUUCUCCUCAAUCUUAGACCUUGUUUAGAUUGUACAGUCUAUGGCUUAGACCUGGUAUUAACGUCUGUCCUGAGUGGUCAGAUCGCAACUGAUCAACGCUAAGUUCAUGUGUGAAAGCACCCAAAAGUGUUCUGAGAUCUGAUCACUCAGACCUCAUUGGAGAUGAUGCAGGUGGCCACAAACAAAUCAACUUAUGGACACAGAGAAGCUUAAAAAUAGGAUUAAAAGGCACCAGCUGUGUGCUCGCAUUCUGGAAGCGUUAGGUUUUUCUGUUCACACCUGACAUUAAACUGUGUCCUGAAUGUGUCUCCUGUGACCACUUUAGGACGGAUGUUAAUACCAGGUCUGAACACUGGUCCUUAAGAUCCCAGGGAAACAGUUUGAUCCUAAAAAACUUACUUAUACUGAGUAAACUUUGCUGCCUCAUGUAAAAUUGUAGAGAAUCAUGUUUACUGCUUGUUACUGUAGAUCUGCUGUAUUUCACAAGAUAAUAUAAAGAAGUGUAUUGCACUUUUCAGUUCUACAUUUUAUACAGUAGUGAUUUAAGCCUACUUUUAUUGUUUUACAUAGUGUUCUGGAAUCUUUGCUUAUUGACACACAUGUAUUUGUCUUUCUGUAAUGUAAACAUUGCAUACUUUUGUAAGUAAAAACUGUUCUAGCUCA